UUAAUUCAACAGUCUUCCAAGAAACUACCUAUCAAUUCACAAAAAUUCAAUGGUGCUCGUACUCCGAGAUUUUUAGCCAUAUUUCGAGCAGGAAGGAGAAGACUUAAGAGCUAUAUAUAAAAGUUUCCCUAAUCUUUUUCUAUGAUUAGAGAUCAAAACAUGGUUAAUUUCCCUAGUAUUCCGAAAACAAUCUCUCUUUUUUUGCUUUGUUUUCUCAUCACCCUCCUUUUUGAUCUUGCUUAUGCUGAUCCUGAUCCUCCAUACAAGUUGUGCUCAGAUGGUCGCGGUUAUGUCGAAAAUAGUACGUUUCAGAAAAACCUCCAGAGCCUGCUCAAUUCAUUUCCUUCAAUUGCUUCUGUCUCCAAGCUGUACAAUACUUCCGCCGGAAUUGAACCAGAUAGAAUUUACGGCCUUUACAUGUGCCUCAAUUAUGUUACGAAUGAGAUAUGUCACAACUGCAUCAACACCGCGCAUUUAGACAUUGUUAGGAUUUGUCCCAACUCAACAGAAGCAGUUGUGUGGGAGGAAACGUGCCAACUGCGCUACUCCAAUGUGAAGUUCUAUGGUGAAUUGAAUGUGGCAGACAACAUUGUGUCCGCUAACAAGAAAAACGUUUCAGACCCAAAAAAGUUUGAGAAUACCGAGGAGAAGCUGAGGGAGCUUGCGAAGCAAGCGGCAUAUAAUGCUUCAGCAAAAAUGUAUGCUACUGGAGAUGUACAAUAUGAAGAUAAAGUGAUAUAUGCUCUUGUGCAGUGCACUAGAGACUUAUCUGGAGAUGACUGUGACAAAUGCCUUUGGCACGCCAUAGAAGACGUUUUGAGAAAGUAUUAUUUCUCCAUUGGUGCGCGGCUUAUGAGCCGGAGUUGCUAUCUGAGGUACGAGUUGUAUGGCUUCUAUAAUGGUGCAACUGAAGCUUCUAUUUCCAGCUCUCCAAAUAACAACAAAGGGGACGGUAGAGGAUGGCGGAUCGGAAUCCUUACGGUUGUGUCAGCAUGUCUAGCCAUACUACUUUUGGGUUCCUGUGUCUAUCUUGCAAUAAGAAAAAGAAACAAAAAGGGGAGUAGUGAGAUUUUAAGACAACAUGUAUCGUUCCCGGACCGAAGUUUUCAAGGCAGAAACCCGGAAGCUGAGGAAUACCCCUAUAUCAGUUUGGCAUCUAUACAUGCAGCUACGAAUAAAUUUUCUGAUUCAAGUAAGCUCGGAGAAGGUGGUUUUGGGCCUGUUUACAAGGGUGUACUGAGUGACGGAAAAGAAGUGGCGAUCAAGAGGCUUUCAAGCUGUUCUGAGCAAGGCUCAGUGGAAUUCACGAAUGAAGUUCGGCUGCUAAUGAAGCUUCAACAUAAAAAUCUUGUUCAGCUUUUGGGUUUUUGUGUUGAGGGAGAGGAAAAACUGCUUGUCUAUGAAUACCUGCCAAACAGCAGCCUAAAUCUCUUCCUCUUUGAUUCAGAGAAACGAGCGCAGCUUGAUUGGAGUAGACGUGUAAACAUUAUAAGUGGAAUUGCAAGGGGAAUUCUUUAUUUACACGAGGACUCUCGACUUCAAAUCAUCCAUAGAGACCUGAAAGCUAGCAAUGUUUUAUUGGACGAUGAUAUGAACCCUAAGAUCUCCGAUUUUGGCAUGGCAAGGAUCUUUGCAGGAAGUGAAGGCCAAGCAAAUACGACAACAGUAGUUGGGACUUACGGAUACAUGGCUCCAGAAUAUGCAAUGGAGGGAGUAUAUUCUGUCAAGUCUGAUGUUUAUGGUUUCGGAGUACUAUUGCUUGAGAUCAUAACUGGGAGAAGGAACGCCGGCUUUCAUCAAAUAAAACGUGUUCCUAGCCUUGUAACAUAUGCAUGGAAAUUAUGGCAUGACAGAAAAGGGUUGGAGCUACUCGACCCACUGCUGCUCGAUUCAUGUGAUUCAAAUGAGUUUCUAAGAUAUCUCCAUAUCGGAUUGUUGUGUGUCCAGGAAGAUGCGUAUGACAGGCCAACCAUGUCUUCUGUUGUUGUAAUGUUGAAAAGUGAAACUGUAACUCUUAGCCAACCCGAAAAACCUGCUUUCACCACGGGAAUAUUCGCUGACCAUUACACUGAAACAGAUGCUAGUAGUAGCUCUGUUAAUGGUCUAACAGUUUCUAACGUCAUGCCACGAUAACACCAUAAGAUUCAUGAAUCUGCACAAAGUUGAAGCUUUCCUGUGGUUUCUUUGUCAUGAAAUUCCACACAUUAAACAUGUACUAAAAUUCAAUUUUCUGGCACUGUUCAAUAAAAGUGAAAGGGCGAUAAUACCCUCGAUUUCUUCUUUGCUCUACAGUGGAAAGUCGGCAAUGAUCUUCCCAGCCACGCGUCUUUCCUCGUAUGUUUGUCUGCUUGGACCGCAUCUUUUUAGCUUUACCCUUCCACUUCGUUUUUCACCUUCAUUCGUCCGUCUUUUGCUCUCAAAUCCUUUCUUUUACUUUCGCAAAAUAGUCUCACAAGAGAUCCUGCGUUUGAUUUUUUUUUUUUUUCGAUUUAGUUUCCAGUCUCUCCCGGUAUUGAAUCCUUUGUUAUUCGGCGUUUUGUUCUCAUCUUGCCAUCGUCGGGGCAAGAACUUUAAGGGUUGCGACAAAUUUUUGUGAAAUUGGUCACUAAUCGCAUGCUGCCUCUUCAGAUUAUUGACAGAGAAAUUAUAUUGAACUUGUGGUAAGUUUUAAAACAACUACGUGUAAUUUUCGAUUCUCAGUUUGUAUUUGUUCUCAAUUGAUUCAAGGCAUAGCAUUAGAAAAAAAAUGUAAUUAUUGGGGGUUUUUGUUUUUGGUGGAUUUAGAGUUUUGUUUAAGUUUUAUUAUUUUGGAGUUGAAUUUGGUUGCUCCUUGGCUGUGGGGAGAGAGGACUGGUGCGUCAUUUGGUGAAGAAGGGUUGGGGAAAGAGACAGGGGGUGUAAGGAGUGUGGUUGCAGAUGAGAACUAUCAAUUUUCUAUCUUUUCAAUUUCUACAGAGCACCCAUUUCCUUCCUGCAAAUGGGUCUUACAAACUUCCACUCGGUUCUAUCAAUUUUUAGUAUAAAAAUAUGGUUUUUCGUUAAAGUGAAUAGUAUCGUGGGCUUUUCGUUAAAACUCCCUUAAAACUAUACAUUGUGAUUGCAGGUUUUUAAAAACUUGACCUUCGCAGAUUGUUCAAAAAGAAAGCAAUUAUGCUAUUGAUCAGUAUAAAGACGCAACAACAAAGUUAGAAAUAAACUGUCUCACAUGAUAUAUUUUGGUUUGGGUUUGUAAUGUGUGAUUUCCGAUGUGGAUUAAUUACUUAACUGAUUUUGGAUUAUGAUCAUUGCAUGUUUUUUCGUUUCGUUA